UUCAACGCAAGACGAAAAAAUUAUGAGUAAUCGUACCUUUACCAUUGAUUACGAGAAUGAUACCUUCCUGAAAGACGGGAAGCCUUUUCGUUAUGUUUCGGGAUCGUUUCAUUAUUUUCGGGCUUUGCCUCAGAAAUGGAGAGAAAUCUUAAAAACCAUGAGAGCGGGAGGUUUAAAUGCAGUCGAUAUUUAUAUACAAUGGUCGUUGCACAAUCCAAAAGACGGCGUAUACAAUUUUGAGGGUAUCGCGAAUGUAUCGGAUGUGAUAGAAGCUGCUAAAGAAGCCGGUUUGUACGUCAUAUUGCGUCCCGGGCCAUAUAUUUGUGCAGAAAUUGAUAAUGGAGGCGUCCCGUUUUGGUUGUUUAAUAAGUAUCCGGGGAUUCAAAUGAGAGUGGCGGAUAAAAAUUACAUGACCGAAGUUUCCAAAUGGUACGCCAAGCUAAUGCCUCAUUUCGUGCCCCACUUUUACGGAAAUGGCGGCCCAAUAAUUAUGGUGCAAGUUGAAAACGAAUACGGUGCCUUCAAAAAGUGCGAUAAAGUCUACAAAGAAUUCCUGCGAGACGAAACUCUCAAAUACACAAACGACAAAGCCCUUUUAUUCACCGUCGAUCGUCCUUUUGAUGGCGAACUCGAAUGCGGGCGCAUCGAAAAUGUCUUUGUAACGACAGAUUUUGGUCUCGCCAACGACACGGAAGUCGAUGCCCAUUGGAAAGCCUUACGCGAAGUGCAACCCAAAGGCCCGCUUGUCAACACAGAAUUCUAUCCCGGUUGGUUAACGCAUUGGCAGGAAGCGAAUCAGCGCCGCCCAGCAGAACCUCUCGCCGCGACGUUACGAAAAAUGCUCAAAGAUGGCGCUAAUGUCAAUUUUUACAUGUACUUCGGGGGAACGAAUUUCGGAUUUUGGGCGGGGGCAAAUGACUGGGGACUCGGAAAGUACAUGGCUGAUAUCACGUCUUAUGAUUACGAUGCGCCAUUGGAUGAAGCGGGAAAUCCCACGAAGAAAUUUCAUUUGUUCAAAGACGUUAUUCGGGAAUUUCUGAAGGAAAACCUUCCAGAAACCCCCGAAUUGCGUCCCACGAUGAAACUUGAAGACAUUUGUCUCAAACCGAAAAUGAAAAUUCUCACGGAUGAAGGUAGAAAAGCGCUUGGAACGCCGUAUGACCUUGAAAAGACCUUCAAAACGCCCCCUACCUUCGAAGCAUUGAAUCAAUUCUCCGGUUUUGUCUUGUACGAGACAAAAUUACCCAAAUUCACACGUGACCCGAGUCAAUUAGUCGUGAUGGGAUUACGUGAUCGUGCCACUGUCUAUGUCGAUAAUUAUCUCGUUGGCGUAUUAUCACGUGAAAAUGCCAUCAAUUCGUUGCCAAUUAGCGCCGGCAUCGGUGACAAGUUGCAGUUGCUCGUGGAAAAUCAAGGUCGAAUAAAUUUCCAAGUAGCGGAUGAUUUGAAGGGAAUUUUAGGAGAUGUUACUUUGCAGUGUUACGACGAACCGUACGUCACAAAAUUGGAGAAUUGGACAGCGACGGGCUACGAUUUUGAGGAUUAUGCGAAAAUUGAAGAAGUUGCCUUUGGGAACAAGUCAGAGGUUGAAAUUUACAAAAAUGGCGUUUUGAAUGAAGGACCUGUGAUUUUUGCGGCAGAAUUUGAUUGUGAAGAAUUGGCUGAUACUUAUAUUGAUUUGACGAAAUGGUCAAAGGGCGUUCUCUUCGUAAACGGCAUAAAUCUCGGCAGAUACUGGCCCGUUGCCGGUCCUCAACGCACCAACUACAUUCCCAAGGAACUUCUCCAACCAAAAGGCAAUCGCAUUGUCCUCCUCGAACUGCAAAAGGCACCUUCCGACAAGUGCGUCUCCUUCAGCAAAGUCGCUUUAUUAGACGAUUAAAAAGUUUUUGCGUGACAAUCCAUUUCCGCUAAAAGGUCAACAAAUCAAAUAUUUGUCUUUAUUUUUUUUUCGUCUUACGUGUUUUCGACGACGAAUGAAGGACAACCACACAUAGCAUAAGAUUUUCUUCUAAAACAUGUAAGGCAAAUAUUUGCCAGGAGCCUCGAGCAUUAUUUACCGAGAUAAUAGACAUAAACUGCUUCUUUUUCUUA